CUGCCUUGUAGAAGGAGAUGCUAAAGAAGAAAUUUUGCAGCCUCCGGAGCCUCAGCCAGUACCACCAAUCCUAACACCAUCUCCCCCAUCAGCUUAUCCAACAGUCACUACUGUGUGGCAGGACAAUGACAGAUACCAUCCAAAGCCAGUUUUGCACAUGGUUUCAUCAGAGCAUUCAACAGACCUCAACGAGAAUUAUAAUAAGUCAACAGAACAUUCAGGGAAGAAUGAACCCAGUGAACGUGCAGAGAAAAGGCUGGAGCGAAACUUAAGUUUUGAGAUCAAGAAGGUACCUCUUCAGGAGGGACCACGAAGCUUUGAUGGGAACUCCCUGUUGAACAGGGGACAUGCAAUUAAAAUUAAGCCUGUGUCAUCCUGUGUAACUGAUAAGAGCUUUAAGCCACAGGAACAGAUUUCAGGGGAUUCAUUUGUAGAUGCUUCUCAAAACUCAUGUAUGGAAUGCAGCGUGCCACAGUCUAACACAGCCUUAAUAAUACCUUCACCAGGAAGUCUGCAGAGUCAGCAGGCUUGUGAUAUUCCACCAAGACCAGAUCGUCUGCCUCUGACAGAAAAGGGACACGCCACGUGGUCACUUCAUGGGCCUGAAAAUGCACUGCGUACGUCAGUGUCUGAAGACGUGUCUUCAGACAUCUUCUGUCAUGGUGUUAAAACUCUCUCUCUGGUAUCAAACACGACAGUUGAACAUCCUUCCAGUGAUAAUAAUGAUCAUACUACUAUUUCUGUUCGAGCACCCCUCUGUUUUACUAAUCCUCUUCAUUCAGAUGAUUCUGACACAGAUGAGAUGAACUUUGACGAAGCCAUGAGCAAAAGCGCAUCUAAUGUUUCAACCGCAAGUGCCACAGUUUCUGCUGCCACUAACACUGAAAACAUUUCUGCCAGAAAAGUAUUGCCAAUGUCUAUUGCUAGGCAAGACUUAACAACUGUAACAUGUUCUGAAGAUGGCAAAGAUGCUGAUACUAGUGAAGAUUCCUCUCCCCCACUCCCAGAAAGAACACCAGAAUCAUUUGUACUAGCAAGUGAACAGAGCACACCCUUGCCGAAGCCAGUUAUGAUUGCACAGUCUGAAUGGAGCAUAGUGCGUGAUCAGCAUCUCCCUGAACAAACAGUCUCUUCAGGCUUGAAAACAACUUCACCUGUACUACCUGAUCGUCCUGAAAAAAGCAACAAAACACCAACUGACGUUUUACCUCAGAUUUCUUUUUCUGGUUCCACUGACACCAGAGGUCAAAUUUCGGAAUUUCCUGCAGAAGUAACAGAUACUGGUUUUGGUAACCGCUGUGGAAAGCCCAGAGGACCAAGAGGGCCGCCUUCAGAAUGGACAUGAUCCAAGAACCAAUGGACGCACUAUCAAUAAAUUAUACUGGAAAACUCAAGUGCCACUGAGAACUAGAAAAAUAGUAUUCCACUUCUUUUGGGGGGCGACUAACACAGAGCAGUGUAGAUCUAACUACCAAAUGGUACACUCUUACAGUACAUCCCAUGCAAAACCUUAAACAUCGUUCACAACAGUGGAUUCCAGUAGUACAACUUAACAUUUUGCUGGGGCCAUCUACCUGCCUUAUUACACUUAGGAGAAAGUAUUACAUAUGAUUUAUUUUGUAACUUCAAGUAUUAUUGCCUUAAUGUCUUUUAACCCUGUUACACGCUGCUUGUAGACAUAUGUUAAUAUAGUAAUACUUUUGACAGAUUGUGUUUAUGGACUACUUUUUGCUAACGUUUGAUUACCAUGUAUGCAUUAUUUUGUAUAUGUACAGGGCAAGUAAGUAUAUAAUUUGAUAAAGUUGCAAUCAUAAAAUAUUAACAGAAGAUGUAAGAAAUCUCUGCAUGAUCUAAAUUUUUUGUGUACCUUAUUUGUAAAUUAUUUGCCCUGAAGUUUUAGAAAAUAGUUUCUGGGUUUUUUUUACAAAAAUUGCUGGACACAUACAGCCAGAAUUUCAGGUUAGCAGAGAUAAAGAUUGUAAUACAUUUUGUAAAUUGUAAGCAAAAGGUUAUUUUUAUAUUAUAUACUGUUUAAUUGUCAGACCUAAUUUGUUCUGGUUUUCAUCUAGUCAUGGAGAUUCAGUAAGUGCCUUGGAACAGUAUUGAAUUCUCUUAGCCUGUGUAUGUUACUUCAGUGUUUUGAGUUCAUCUGGAAUUAGAUUAUCAAAAAUAUUUGUACAUUUCUAGUAUACUUGACCUGCCAGUAAAAGAGAAAUCAUUCUACAUAAUCAACACUCCUUAGUUUUCAUUUUAAUGUUUCAUCAGUUGCAAUCUUUAGAAAUUCCGCUCUAUCAACUUGCUGUAUAAUAGAGUUUUACAGUUUUAAUAUGGUGUGUUUCUAAUUUGGGAAAACCAAAACACACUGGUAAAAGGACUGUUUAAAUACCACUGUCUUCUAUUACAAA